CAUUUUAUGAUCUGUCAGUGUCAUAAUGUCAAUAACCAUAAAAACCGAAGGUCGCGUAACAUGAUAACAAAUCUGAAUUAAAUCCGCGCAUUUAAUUCAUAAAAUACCGUAGAAAUGGCUGAACCGUACGAAACAGUGAAAUUGAAUUAUACCAUUCACAAGUUUUCAAGUUACUCGGCUGAUUAUAUCCCAGAAAAUAUAUCAGUGAAUAACCCGACGGACCAGCUGUCACGAUGGUUCACAGACAGCAACACCCCCUCCCAGUACAUCAUGCUGAAGCUCACAAGCCCAGCCGUCGUGGAGACCAUCAUGUUCGGAAAGUACAUGAAGGCCCAUGUCAGCGACCUGAAGAGAUUCAAGGUGCUUGGAGGCACUGAUGACAGAAACAUGUCAGAAUUACUAUCAGCUGGUUUGAAGAAUGACAGUGCUCCAGAGACAUUCCACCUCAGACACAGGACUCGAGAGGGUCUGUACUUGCCAGUAACAUACAUAAAGAUACUGCCGCUGCAGUCUUGGGGACCUGCUUACAAUUUCACCAUAUGGUAUGUGGAACUGCAUGGGAAGAACCAUCCGGAACUGAUCAAAUAUGCAAUGGAUACUAUUAGUUUGCGCAAAGAAGAAGAAGCAGUAAGAAUACUCCUCAAGCACCUGCGCCGGCGCCGCUACAAGGACGCGUUCGAGGCGCUGUCGCGCGAGAGCGGAGUCCGGCUCGAAGGACCAACUCAGGCCAAACUGUGGAACGCACUCGUAGAGAAUGGAGACUAUGAACUCACUGAGAAGAUACUUGAUGAUGCUAUAGCUGCCGGGGAGCUAGACUGGUAUGUCUCCUGGCAGCCAUACUCUCCUCGCUGGAAGCUUCUCUCCCCCUGUAGUGCCGCCGUGGAGGAGCGCCUGUGCUGGUCGCCGCCGCCGCAGCCGGCGAGACGAGCGCUCAUGAAUACUACGAAUACGGACCCACGGCCGGAUUGUAACGGCGAGGUGACGCCAUCAUCCGUGGUGGAUGCCUACGACGAGAGUGACCCGCUGAAGCCCGGCAGCGGCGGCGACCGGCCCGGCCCGCGCGGCGGGCACCAGCUCGUCGUCGACCCGGACACUGGCAACCUAUACCUAUUCGGCGGGUGGAACGGCACAUCAGACCUGGACGACCUGUGGUGCUACGAGCCUGAGCGCGCGCAGUGGUCCCUGCGUUGUGCGCACAGCGGCGCGGUGGGCGGGCCGGCGCCUCGGUCGUGCCACAAGAUGGCGCUGCACCCCAGUCGCGGGGUUUUGUACACGCUGGGGCGGUAUCUGGAUAAUGCGAUGAGGGUUCCGGAGAAUAUGAAGAGUGACCUCUACUCGUACAGCAUAGAGUCCAACACUUGGCAGCUGGUGUGUGAAGACACGGCGGCAGUAGGCGGCCCGCGCCUCGUGUUCGACCAUCAGAUGUGUAUUGAUGCGGAUUCUAACACCAUCUAUGUGUUUGGAGGGAGAGUGCUGCCUUCUAACACUGACGAAGCAGCCUGCCCCCAAUACUCGGGUCUCUACGCGUACUACAUAGACACAGACACGUGGGAGCUGUUGCUAGACGAGCAGGACUCGCGGGGGUCGCUGCGGCCGCGCGUGGGCCACUCCAUGCUGUUCCAUCCGAUACAAAGGCGUCUCUACAUCUUCGCGGGACAACGGAACAAGGAACAUCUGGUCGAGCUGUGGUGGUACGACGUCAACACAGGUCAGACCGGCAAGCUGGGCUCGAGUGAGGCCCCCUGCCCCCCGCCCGCCGCCGGGUUCACGCAGCGAGCCACGCUCGACCCGCACUGCGACGACAUGUUCGUACUCUCUGGCAUGAGCAAAGAGAAGGACAAGCGAGUACACAACGCACUAUGGGUGUUCUCGCUGCGGCGGCUGACGUGGUCGUGCCUGUACCGGAGCGAGCGCGCGCGCGCCCGCGAGCCGCGGCCCCGCUUCGCGCACCAACUGGUGCUGGAUGUUAACAGGAAGGUGCAUUAUUUGUUUGGAGGAAAUCCUGGGAACGAGGGGGCGCCGCGCUUGCGACUGGAUGACCUUUGGGCAUUAGAGCUAGUCCGUCCCUCCCUCGCAUCAAUAGCGGUCGCGAUGCGUGUGUCGGUGCGCGAGGCGUGCUACCGCUCGCUGUGCGCCAGCCGCGACCCGCGCCGCGCCGCCCGCGCGCUGCCCUACCUGCGCCGCCGGCUGCACAGCGUGCUCGACCAUAGCGAUGAGAAACAGGUGCAGCACUUCCAGAAGCUGCCAACCCUUCUAUUCGCGGGCCCACAGACGUCGGAGUUCAGUGCUCGUGCACUGUCCCCGGCGGCGGCGCGGCGCCUGGCGAGGCGCAAGGCAAGGACUGCCGGGGAUAAUGGGCUGGAGCUGUCCAGGUCUCUUGCUGCUGUGCUAGGCGCAGACGACACGGUCCCUGAGCUGCCGGAGCCGUUUGAAGAGCUAGAAGAGCCCACCCCGGACACGUGGGACGUCGGCGACACGGGCAGCGACGACAGCGACGACGACACGGCCAGCUGCGCGCGCGCCGCCCGCGUCCAACUGUAUGACAAGCUCUGCCAGUACUUCCGCCCGAGCGUGGUGCCGCCACAGGCUGAUAUUACUGACCUGGUCACGCUGUAAGCAGUUCUUUGUUGUUGUAAAUGACUUGGUAAAUAGGUGGCUAGGUGAGGAAGGCAGGGGAUUUAUGUGGUACGAUGUUUUUGUGUUUAUAGAAGGGGGCAAUUACGGGCUGAUGAUGAUGAAAUUAUAAGAUUUGGAAGGAUCUGAAUAGGCAUAAAUGAAAUGUCGGUACAUACUGAAUAGCUUCCAUUACAUCUCCUUUUUUGCUGCUACUACUACUUGCUAAUACAAUGGUGGUAAUGUUGUUUCAAUAAUUCCUACCAAGCACGCAUGGAAUCGAGGCUCAAUUUUGAUAUUUUUAACUUUGGUGAGGUAAGGAAUUUGGUUAAAUUCAUGUAAGACAUAUUACAAAUAAUAUUCUAAAGAAAUUCUCAGAUGACUCGAAAGCUAGUUUAAAUGCUCAGUACUCACGAAUGCUACGGCUACAUGUUAUGUAAGUUUUGUUUAUACUUAAGACAAACAGUUGAACGAUAUGACAGCUUCUGUUUUAUGACAUGUUAUUGAUUUUAACUCAGGAUGACAGUUGUGAUUAUAUUUAUUUAUUCAGUGCACCUGUAUUAGAUUAAUUUCUUAUUAAAAUUAUUGUUUCGAUUGAUCUAUACCUACGGGUCGCCUGUAUACCGGAUGCAUAGUUUAUUGAUCGGCAUUCAAGGAUUACAAUGUUCAGACUAUGUGCCAACGGAUCUUUGUACCUACAUACAUAUAUUUUUAUUUGCAUUGUUGACAUUUAAAUCAGAGGCUUGAAUUGUACGAGUUUAGAUUAAGUUUCUUCUGAAGAUUUAUUAUGUUCGAUCAAUAAUCUUCGCACUUUAAGGCCGUUUGUUCUCUUGCACUGAAAUAUUUAGGUAACUAUGUCCCAACCCUGAUUUCAAUAUCGUAAUGGCCACUGCUGAAUAGAAAGAGGCAUUGACA